CUAGUCUUACGACAGAUGAGGUUAUUUCGCUGUAUUUUGAGGGGCUCUCAUGGAUUAGGGUUAGGGUCACAAGGGUUUCCAAGGGUUUAACCGGGUAAUAUGGCUUCCUUGGUCGCUGAUUACGGCACAUCUUCGGGAUCUGAGAGUGAGGACGACUGCAGUGAUAACGUGUCUAGGGAUGAGGCAGAAGAUGAUGAGGAGAACCUAAAGAGUGAUCCCGAGGUGUCGAACCACUCCAGCAUCCCAAAACUUCCAUUACCAACUCCCGACUUCAACGGGACGCCCACAUUGAAGACGUCGGUCUUCAUAAAUCCCUUCGUGGAGGCUGAAAAAGCGAAGAGUGCGAUAUUGGAGAAGCACGUGAAGAUGACGCCGACCCUGGACGACACCAAGAUGAUCAAUGGGAGGAAGAUCUGCUGGAAUUACAGGAAGGGGAGGUGUCGUUUUGGGCACAACUGCACAUUUGCUCAUGACUCGGACCUCCACAGGAGUGCAGCCGAGCUGGAGUCGAGUCGAGCACCUGAGGAGACUAUCAUAUGCCAGACGAAUUUCCAUAAUCAGGGGGGACACGAGGAGGACGAUGAGGUGGAUCAGGAGAAUAAUCUGACCAAGAGGAAGAAGCGACCGGGUCUGGCGCAGAACCUCGUACCUGGGAAGAAAGUCUUGAAGAUGUACAAAGCACAACAGGCCAAGGCUGUCGGUAGAUAGAUGCAGUUUUUUAGGAUUUAGGGGGUCUUGGGGGCGCAAUUGUGCAUUUUUUUAAAUGGGGGUUUUCGAGGGGCACUUUGAUGAUUUUCAGUUGAUGAUUGGGGAAUCGAUGAGGGUGUUUUGAGUCGUUGGGUGAUUAUGAAAUUAUCUUUUUUUGUGGGUGAGGGAAUUUUCUGCGUAAAAAUUGUCUUGAAAUUUUUAGGUAAACGUAAUUGUUUUUAGGCGAUUAACCAACUAAGUCGGUAAAUUCCACUUGAUUGGGAUUCAUGCGGGGAUUUAAUGAAUAUCAAGAGUCAUUCUGAAUUGUCAGUAAUAUUCACCAAUAGUGGAUUUAAUCGAUCAUUUUUUAUUAUGUUGCAAUCCCAAAAAUGUCAUCGUAUUCAACAAAAUUCUCCAGUCAAUGAAUCAAUCUCACCUCUUCCCAAAAUCUUCAAUAUAAAUGACAAAAAACGUCUCUUGACAUUUUCCCCCAAAACCACUCAUUAUUGAGAUAAUUUCAUAAUUAACAAAUCGACAAAUUCCACUUGAAUGGGAUUCAUAAAGUUCAGGGGAUGAUUCCAUUCGAUUUUAAUGUCAUUGUACCCCCAUAAUUACUCAUUACUGUAUUAAUCCGAACAAAAACGAAAAUAUUGGGCCCAGCUGCAUGAAAAUCAUGUGAAACGCACGACUUAAAAUUGAAGAAAACCCCAAAAUGUAAGACAAAACGUCUCCCAAAGCCCCUGGAGACACUGGCGAGGUUGUGGAACCGACGUACCAUAGUUCAUUGCUUCCAAAUAACUCCAAAUCACAGAUAAACAUAAAUAAUCAUAAGGUGGAUCUACGUAACUAUUGUGAACGAAUAUUUGCACUUUUACCAAAUACCGUAGGGCAGAUUUUGAGAUAUAAUGAUGUUUUUUCCGAUUAUUCAUUGAUAAUCUUCCUGAUGAUUAGCAGGCGAAUGGUGGAUUCUGGGAGUAAAUGGGGAAAUUCCAUCAUUAAUCAUGCAAUUUUAUCAAAUCACUUCGCCCUUCAACUCCCAAAUCCCCGCGAUAUGAAAGUUUCUGUACAAUUUUUCAAUGUUCCGAGGACAUUUACUACUUCCAGACUCUUCUAGAAUUUUACAAUGUUAUUAUUGAUUCAUCAAUAACUAAUAAAUAAUAAUUAGACACGCAAUCCAAUGAAACAAACAGACCAGUAAAAAUAGGAUUUCUUCAAUUUUCUUUCCAUUUUAAUUCCGAUGCUGUCGAUAUCUUCCGCAGAGAACAUAGAAUAAAUCCUCCCAGAGUAGAAGAUAAUUUUUUUUCAUCCCCGUAAACAAUUUCUAAAAUUUAACGAAUGAGAAAAUCAAACUGGAAAUGAUGUUUUCCACGAGUAUUACUAAUUAAUAAACAAAUUAAUUAAUUAUACAAAUUAAUGUGCGGACUUAUUGGUCGAGACGUUCCAUCAUUGUAUGACAAAUUUUAAACAAUUUAAUUAAUAAAGUAUAUAUGAAUAGUUGAAA